CACACACACACACCGGAUGAUAAUUUUUGGGUACUCAUAAAGUGCUCGUCUGAAUAGGUUCUCUCUGACAUGUUUUGGACAUAAAGGGAUAAACCUGAAGUGUGGAGGUGUAACACAUACAGGGUAGAUACUAUAACUUCUAAACAAACAACGCAGUGAAUGAAAAUUUCAACAAAUUAUUUUUUUUUCAGACUAUUUGCCUUUUAGCACCGACUCAGGCCAGGCUGAAGUGACGGGGAGCUGUUGACGACACUACAUUUGAGACAAGAUGAGACUCAAGUACCAUCAUAACUACAUUCAUAUAUGCUAUCAAUAGCCAAUCAGCACCAUCACUUUCCUGACGUCAGAAUUCAAUAGCCAAUCAACGCCUCCGUUAUCACCACGCUCACGAUGGAGAAGGACACAACACCUUCAGCCGUGGCAGGAUCUUGCCUGCCGUGAGGCAGCAGCAGGGGAGAGACACACUGAGGCCGUCCAUCAACUACAACUUGGACACCUCACAGCAACUAAUGUUCCCAGACUUGUGAAGUAUUUAGGCGUCAUCCACGUCCUCACUACCCCUUCGAUUAUCAAAGCGUCGUCUACCUGAAUCAGUCCUUCGAUUUUUUGAGAUAUCUUCCGACUAUCCGCCAACAAACUCAUAAUACGUUAAAGCAUUAUUUUCCCCUUAAAAUUUCCCAUCGACAAAAAUUUCACCUCCAAAAAUUUCACCUUCCUUCAAGAUCCUGCAAACCCUUAAAGUUUCACUUUCCUUACCAGCUCCUGCGACUCUUUCAAAGUGAGUUGUAAGAACUGUCUGGGAUAAUAAGUGCAUUCAAGCAAAACUUUGUAGGUUUGUUACUACAAACAGAAUGAAGAAUAAAGAAACAUUGAAACUGAUCACUAAAAUACGUAAAUUUUCAUGUGUAAAUUCCUGACUUGCGUAGUAUCAAGACAAAACUGACAUACACUAUUUCCGUCCAGUUAUAUUGAAAACAAAAUUAUUUCUAAACUUUUGUGGUUGUGUUUGGCCACAACCUAUGAACAAAAGAUAACACUAAUUGUUGGGGAAAGCGGGAAAAAAUAAAGACGUCUGGAAAAUGUGAAUUAUCUAACACUCCCAGACCACCGUUUUAGAGGUUUGGCACACGGCCUACAUGCGUCACAAGUGGCGGUGUGAUGAAAUAAUCUUGUCAUUAAGAAAGCGGAUUUCCUUAAGUUAAUUCGAAAGAACAUUGUUAAACUUUCUCUAGUUUUGUCUUAAAAGUGUUUUUAUGAGAAGAAUACUGCAAAAUAUCUCAAAUCUACCCCGAGACUUUAAUGGUAUAAUUUAGAAAUAUAUAAUAAAGCCAAAUAGAAUAAAAGCUUUCGAAAAGAAGCAAGACUAAUAUGAUUCAAACGCAUCUAUGCUGUCGCUCAGAUGACUGAUAAAAGAAUCACUUAUAUCCUCAACAAGGUCUCAACAGAUGAACCAAGAAUAAUAUGAAGAUAGAGUGCUGGAAAAUCUGAAGAACAUGACAACUUGGGUUAUUUAGAGGAUAAAGAAUGCGAAAUAAUUUGAAGGACACGAUUGUUUAUAACGAGGAGGUAACGAAAGUUUUGUACCUUAGAGGAGCCGCCAAUCGCGAGUACUUUGGUGGAAAUGGAUCCUUUAUCGGCUUGGAAAACAUAGAAUACUGAAUAACUCAUGCAGCCGUUAACAUCGUUGGACACCAUUAGUAAGAAAAUACUAUAAAAACACAUAACUCAGGAAGCAUUGGGGGAACUGGACAAAAUAUAUAGUUAUUUUAUUGAAUAAUCUCGUAUGUGGUUCAGCUGUACAGAACACUUGCUCCGUGUUUCUCUGCGUGGGGAGGAAGAUGUCCUCUGUGGGUGUGAGUGAGACUGACGUCAUGUGUAUCGCUGAACCCCGGAUGAAGAGUAGAUAUACUUUAUGAUAAACAAUAAGUGACAAAUUCUUCAGGGACACAGUGUAGUUUAGCCUAAAAAAAAUUUGCAUUUUUUUAUUUCCAGAAAACAUGAAAAAUAUUUAAAGAACAACAACACGUAGGGAUAAUAAAGAAAACGCUCUAUCAGGACGCCACAAUACCCGUACCAGAAUAUUCUUUUAUAAAAAGUAAUAUCGUAUAACUACAAGUAGAACUUAUAGGAAAAUACGGUAUACUUGUAUGUAAAUAACAAGACUGUCGCUUCUGAGUAAACAAAAUGUAAAUAUAUCACUCACGAAUGUUCUCAAUAUAAACAAAGGACGAAAUAUUCUCGGUAUCAUCUUAACGUGAGGUAAACAAAAUCACUAUGCCACUGCCAGGAUCGCGCUCCUUGUCCCCAGCGUCACCUUGCUGGUUCUACAGCCUCUGGCACACCGCUAACCUCCACCCUUCUCUUGAUAACUACCAGAGGCCAUGUCGCCUGAGUUGCUGACAUCGCCAUGAAUGGUUCUGAACUGCGACAUCGGCCCGAGAUCGAUGUCAGCGCCUUCAACAGCUCUGGAGUCGUGACCCCAGGGAACGCCAGCUAUAACCUGGCCACGGGGUGGUGGAGCGGAUGGGAGGGUGUCACGCUGGCCACACUGCAGGUGGGAGUGUUUGUGGUGGGGCUGCUUGGUAACGUGACAGUAGCGGCCUCCGUGUGGCGGAGGGGGACGGGGCAGCAGCAGCAGACGGCUGCACACCGCCACGCCCUCCUGCUGUCCCUGGCGCUAGCUGACUUGAUGGUGACCCUGCUAUGUCUGCCUGCUGCUGCCACAAGCCUGCUCACCUUCCCCUGGGCGGCGCCUUGGAUCCUGUGUCCCCUGCUGACCGCUGCCCAGAGCACUGCCCAUGCUGCCUCUACCCUCUCCCUAACCUUACUGGCGCUUGACCGAUACCUCACCGUCAGGCGACCCAAGUUGGCCCCAAAAGUUUCAGCGGUGACGGUGCAGCUGUUAGUGGCGCUGUGGUUAGUAGCAGCGUUGAUGGCACUGCCCCGCGGCCUGGUGGCUACCCUACAAGCUCCAGGUCCUGUGUGCCGUGAGAUGUGGCCGGUUCCCGCCGCCCGUAUCAUCUACCACACAGCUGUAGCUGCACUCAUCCACCUCCUACCUUGUGCUGCCGUCAUCCUCUGUCACGCCGCCGUAGCAGCAUCGCUAAGACGUCGUGGGAUGGAGGACACGCGGAUGAACCUGCGACCGCGGCAAGUGAUCAUCAUGGCUAAGGACUGUAGUCUGGGGGGAGCCAACAACCAUAAAAUUGUGGCCGCAUCAUCAAGCGGAGACUCUGCCGACGGCGAGGACGACAGGGCUGCCUUUGACCUGCAUGAGGCGGCUGUCUCUCAGCCAGUGAGAGACGCGGGCAAGGGCAGGGGACCACAGCCGCCCCCGCGGGCUGUACCAACCAUGAAGCCCGCCAAGGACGUACAUACCAUCAUCCGCGCCCACCGACGCAUGCGGUUGCGGGGCCCCGCCCAUGCCGCCUCCAUCUUCACCUCCUACCGCGGACACUCAGUGGAAACCCGGAGGCGGCUGGCCCGGCUCCUGGUGGCAUUGGGAGCGGUGUUCUCCGCGUGUUGGUUGCCUUAUGUAGUGGCGCUAGUGGUAUGGGCGGUCCGGGAAUCCCCUGGAACCCGCCACGCCCUGGAGAUCACCCUGGUGUUGGGCCACGCCCACUCUGCCGUCAACCCGGUAGUGUACUGGCUCAUGAACCGCGCCUUUCUUUCUUCCCUACACCGCCUCGUGUCCGCCCAGCUACGCCUACCCCAGGGGCUUUCUUGUGGGGGAUGCGCUCGUCCCUCCUGCCUAACACGCCCUCCGGCUGCGCCCUGGGCCGGGAAUUCUUCUACUAAUGAGGACAACCUUGGGCCCUUCCACCCAAAAUACCUCAACCCGCACGCCCUCAGACCUCAAGCGUCCCGCUGCACCUCACACUACUUCCAUUAGUUGUCACCCCCACACAAACCACCUCGUUAGAAGUAGUCACCACACACACACACAUUAACACACACACACACACACGCACACACCACCUCCGUUAGCAACAGUCGUCACCACACACACCACCUUACAGGUCACAGGAAUCCUCACCAAGUAUCCAUAUUAAAUCCUGAAACUUUUCGAAGCAAAGCAAGUACAUAAUGUUGUAAAGAAUCAUUUCAUUUGUGUUGAUCUUUAUGAUACAAUCCGCUUUAGUAAAUUGCUCUCUCUCUCUCUCUCUCUCUCUCUCUCUCUCUCUCUCUCUCUCUCUCUCUCUCUCUCUCUCUCUGAUGUUUAGGAUUCUUGAAUAACAUUUAAACAGUGCUCACUCCUUUUACAGUCAUUAACAACACACUACGACUCUUUGUUGUCUUUAGGCACAACUAUAAUCAAGAAAAGGAAUAAUGCACAUCUUUUUUUCUAAUACUUACAGCUCUCAACCCGAGAUGAUGCAGUGAGAAAAGUAUUUUAUCAUUUCAUGUUCACAUUAACAAGAGGAGCAAAAUUAUAUUCCUAUAUAAUACAUAAUUAUACAAAUAUAACUCACACAGUCAUGUUAAAACAUGCAACUCAUGGAAAUCCUGUACUGCCGUCUAUUUUUCUCUUUUCUUCACUAAUAUCUCCCGUCCUCAACAGAAUAUGAUAUAAUGACUAAAGGACAACUUAGAUCUCAGCAUCUUCUUAGACUUUUAUAUAUAAUGGACCCUUAGCGCAGUAUGAGAACAUAAAUUCUUAACAGGGUGCAGUGUGGCUGCCAGACGGACGAGUAAUCAUAACAAUUCAAUCCUGCCAUACUGACAAUUAUACAUCCUUUAACUAUCUUCACUCCUUAUCAAUUUUAUAGAUAUAGUAUUUAUUAUAGUAUAUAUGACCCAGUUCUGUAUUUUGUUAUUCUUUUCAUUUGAAUAUAUCCGCCCAAACAUAGGGGCUGAUAGCUUUUUCACUUACGUCGAUACAUCUUCAUUUACCAUACAACUUUGUUAAUAUUCAAGAUGAAAUGAUCAACAGUAACAGAAGAAAAGCCUCAAGAACUGCAGGUAGUGACUUGUGUGAUCACUGUAGUCACCAGGUUACAUAACUUCUGUGAUCUAUAGACAUCUAAAAUUAAUUUAAAGCUUCCCGUGUAAAAACUUGAGAUAAUCUUGAUUAUCUACAUCAGGGGUGCUCAACCCACUGUCUUAGGGUCGCAUGCGGCCCUCAGGGAGAUUUAAUGCGGCCCUCGGCAAUUAGUAGAAAUAUAAUUAAAGUUACUGAAUAUUUUAUAUAAAUUUAAUAUAACAAACACUAUUAUGAUAGUGAAAUAGUAUCGCACUAAGCACGUAUGUUCAGCGAAUAAAGCCUUUGUUAUAUUUCCUUAUGAAUCUGUUUGAAGUUUCUGUUCAAUAAAUAAAGUCUUUGCCUUAUAUCUUAGGAAUCUACUUAAUUAUUUUCUCUAUAACAAAAUUAUGAUUAUUUUAGUAGUAAAACCAGUGACUUCUGUAAGAGGUGUUCUGAUUAUGAUUCCUUUUUUUAAGUUUAAAAAACAUGGUUGAUGUUAUUAAUGUAAAGAAUGUACUGUAUACAGUAUAUUAUUUACUACGUUUAUUCACAUUAAGGUCAAUGUGUGGCCCGCAUCACACAUUUGCCCAUCAAAUGUGGCCCACUCACGGAAAAGGGUUGAGCACCACUGAUUCUACUCGUAGUUUUAUAUCGACGACAAGAACGCAUCACAUUUACCAGUACAAACACUCGUGUGGCCUACAGUAUAGGUAGGAAUCAUUGAUAUUUAUUGGAUUCAGUUGAUGCUCAUUUGUUAACUCUAUAAGAGAUGAUCCCAAAGCUUGCUUUAAGCUCCUAUAGAUACGAUUACUGAUAUAUACAUAUGAUAUCUUCCCUCGCGUACAAAAAUACAUACAUCAGUCAUAUUUGUUAGUCGUUAUGUUCUUUAAGUUUGUGUGAAAAAUUUUGCGCGAAUGGUUGCACUAAAACAAUACUCUUAAGAUAAUGCUAUUUUUCUUACGCAGGUGUACACAGGUGUUCCACUACCUUCUCACUGCUACACCUGGAUAUUGACAAAUUAAUUCACUUCAUAUUACAUUUACGGGUUUACAUUUUGUUUGUAUACUCUGUAUAUACAACAUAUAAACUGUAUAUACAACAUAUGUGUGUGCGGGUGUGUGUGUGUGUGUGUGUGUGUGUGUGUGUGUGUGUGAUUAUAUUUUGUAACCAUGCCUCACUGCCUACAUAUACAUAAACUAGAGUAGAAUCUUUAUCAAUACUAAUAAUAUAGCACAUUACUUGUGUAUGAUAGAACAACAAAUUAACUAUCAGCCAGUAACAUCCACUAACAACCUGGCCUGAAGGAUGGAAGAGAAACACCCGCUGGGUAAGAGAGGAACCCAUGUAAAACAGAGGUUGAUUCCAACCCUUGAUAUUGUCGUCUGGUCUAUGUUUUUCUGUCCCAUAUUAAGUUGAUGGUGUUAAUGUCUAUAACAUUUCUUGUUCAUGUAUUAGGCAAACAUUGGUCAUUUUAUUGACAACUUUCCAAGAGUUUUGACAGCAUUUAGUCACUGAUUUUUCAUAUUCAGGUGUAAAGGUUUUAGUCUAAUACUCAUCAAUAAUAUGUUGAUAUUUUUCUUGUCAUGAUUUCACAUAAGAGCUAAGAUGAUAAUUAUAUCUUUGCUAGAGAUAAAUUCUUAGAGUUAUGAAAUGUUAAAUGUUCAAUGUAACUCAGACGACAAUUUUUUACUCAACCCAUCGCUUACGUGAAAACCUUGGUACAAACUUAUUGUGAAAGACAGAAAAAUUAAAGUUCUCUUCCAUUUCUCUUACCCAGCGCCCCGCUUUCCCCAGUCUGGCUCCAGAUUCUCAAAAAUUCGUACGAUGUAUUUCCUUUACCCUAACUGUGGAUAAUAGUAAGCAUCUAGUUAGGUUCGACUUUUAGUGCAAAUUCUACUCCCUUUCUGCAGCCAUCACUGUGUCAUCAUUUAUGUUAGGCAGGAAGAGACGAUUUAGUAUAUUACAGUUAGGAGGAAAAAUACCAUUGGAAUGUUUGAGAAUCCUGGCCUUGGGUAGUACAGUAUACAGCGCCAGCAGAGCCAGCCAGAGUCCAGGAGGAUAAUGUAUAUGUCAUGUUGACCUGCCCUCAGCACGCUGAUAAGGUGGGCGGCUCGCUAGCCUCAUGACACUUGCCUGAUGCAUUGAGUCUUUUUUGUGGUUAAGGGGAGACUGCCUGCAAAAAGGACUCGACGCUUUCAGUCUUGCUAAGUAUACAGUAUAUAUAUAUAAAAAUAGUAUAAGUUUGAUUAUGUCGAUCCUACACAUACUUAUUAUAAUAAAUAAUUUUGUACAAGAAAAGCUGAACAAUAAAGAUAGAGCACAAAAGUC